AGGAAAGUACAUCCGUGUUGGCGGCUGUGUGUCGACCGCGUGUCCACGUGCGCUCACGUCGCGCUGAAAACUCUUUUAAGAUUUUGAACUGGUUCUGGAAUCGCCUCGUGUGCUGUUGUUAUUGUCGUGCCAUAGAGUGACUUGAAUUCCGUGCUGUACAAGAAAUUAGUGGGAAACUGAACGUUUUUCCUUUCAGAAUCUUUACCUGAAUUGAUUUUAGUAAUAGUGUGUUGCAGGUGAAUAUCGAUCACUCACGCUUUUCCCGAAUUUGCAACAGUAAGGCAUUUUCAAUCGCAAAUGAAUACAAUUUCUUCUGUUCACAUAUUGGAUGUUUCGUUCCCGUGAAAUUUUGAAAAAUAACUAUUGCUGAAACAGCAAUUUCCUCAGUGAACGUUAAUUCAAUUGGCUUAUACACAACAGACGUGAUUUUUGACUGCCUGUGAAAAAAAAUGUUGCGACAGACAGCUCAAGUAAAAUAACGGCAACGGAAAGUAGGCCUAUAUAUUCUAUUCCACACGAGGUUUGAAAAGAAAGAGAUAGAAGGAAAGAAAGAAAGAAAAAACAUAGACAAAAGCUGCAGGUAAGGCAGGAUCCUUGUGGUCAGGACGAGGUUGGAAGAGACACCGUCCUUCAAGUCAGCGGCGUCCUGCAGCGGCGACCGUCAGGAUAUCAGGACACCGGCUGCACCGCCUCCAGAUUCCCGCGGAGAUUUCAACUGUUGAAGAAGUAGUGAUCCACCGGGCCGCUUCAGUCUACACGCCAGAUGACGACACGAUGUGGCCCAGGCGCUACCCGCUCCCUCCUUCGUCGUGAGGGGUCAGCCUCCUGAACCCCUUCCUCGCCCUCGCCUGUCCUCCAGGAACCCGUCCCUUCCUCUGUCUCCUCUAUGCCUCUCAACCUCUUCUCCAUUUCCCUUUGAAAACCAAUCCUCUUCAUCCCCCCCCCCUUUCCGCCUCGCCUUCGCCACCCCCUCUUCAGCGCCGCCUCCGGAAGGUACAGUUCGAGGAUCGGUCGGACCUCAGAGCGCCGCGACGCACCAAGGAGAUGGAGGAGUUCAGCGACCUGACCACCGAGUAUUUCACCGACGUCUCCUUCAGCGAGGAUGUCUUCAGCCAGUCCUCCACAACACCCUCGGCGGUUGAAGUCGGCGAUGCGGACGGGGAUGGCGUGACGACCCCGGUCAACAGCAGCAGUGUGGGCGGGUCGUACCUGCGGACGGCGCCCUGGGUCGUGCCUCUCCUCGCCGUCGCCGCCACCAACGCCGCCGCCAUCGUCGCCUUCGAGGUAUACGUGUUGGUACGAGCGUUACACGGGACGCCCUCACGCCGCCACCUGUUCCUGGGCCAGUGCCUGCUGCUGGGGCUGCUCAUGUGCUCCCUCUCCGGCCUGCCCAUCGCCCUCACGCCCACCCCGCUCUCCUGCGGCGCCACCAGACUCCUGGUGGGGGUGUCUAGCGCCUUGGUGUUCGCGGCUCUCCUCGUCAAGUGCGUGUUCCUCAUCUCUCUAAACUCCGGUGUCUACCUGCCCGCCCAUUACCAGGGCCUCUUGCUCUUCUUUAUCGUUCUCGUACAGGUAAGCGUCAACAUCCAGUGGCAGUGCUCGUAUCCCGCUGCUGUGACGGUAGUGAGGGACGAGGUGUCGGGACAACUGCAUCUCUCCUGCGUCGCCUCCUACAGGCAGUUCCUCCUGUCUCUCAUCUACGUCAUCAUCCUCAUCAUAGCUGUCGCUGCGUUAGCUAUUAAGUGCCGCGGCAUCCGUGAGAACUACCGCGAGGCGUCGUACAUCGGCGCGGCGCUGGGCCUCGUGCUGCCUCUGUGGCUGUCGUGGACGCUGGCGGGGCUGAUCCUGCCGGCCAGCGUCCAGCCCGCCUGCCUCGGCUUCGGGAUGGUCGCCACCGCCACCAUCGUCUUCGUGGUCAUGUUUAUACCCAAGGGUCGUCAGCUGGCGGCCGUGGGCAAAGAGGGCCUCUACAAGGAGGACCGCGACGACCGGAUGUCUACGCUGUCCGGCGGCGCAAGAUACUCGCCCUCUUUCUUCCUCUUCAAACCCAUUAAGCCUCCCAAGGAGAUCCUACGCCCGGCCAACUCCAUAUACAAGACUCAUUUCUCAGAUAUGUUCGGUUACGGCGCACUCCCUCCACCCACCCAGCUACCGCCCCCCGCACCUCACUACUGGCCGCCACUGCACUAUUACCACCAUUACUAUCCAGGCGUGAGUCGAGGCGACGAGGGGGUGUACACCAGCAUAGAACGACCUGCGCCUGAUUUCGCAGUCUCCUCCAACCCGAACUUCUACUUAUUUCGUUCCCACAGUCAUGCUGGCAUGAUGUACUAGCUACAGCUUAUGAACCACUGCAAGCUGAGGCAGGGUAGACCAUGACCCUGAGCAGAUCGACGGCAGUGGCAUCAGACAAAUGGCUUCUUGUGUGGCGGAAUAUUAUCGCCACCACCUUGUUUGCAGAAGAAAUUGGUGAAGUGCUACAAAAAAUAGGGAAAAAAAUCUAGUAAAAUGGCCAUAUACUGUGAUGUGUGAAGCAGCAACUGCAUAGAGAAAAUUACCUGCCACAAGUUUAAGAGACAUGAGCUAUUAUAAGCAGAUGUUUGUGAUGAAAAAAUAAAUAAGUUUUGAUAAUCCAUCACAGUUUAAACAGUAAGGUGUCAGACUGAAUCGACGGAUAUUCGUACAAGAAUUGUGAUAGUGAAACAACUUUAGACAUUAUAUUUAUAUAUUUUGACUUUUUAUCCGUAUGCAAAAGAGGUGGCCUCUGACCCCAGUAAACCCAAUGUCCCAAAGGCUGAUAUUUUAGGCUGUCAAUUUUCGGUUUCAUUCAUUAUAUUCUGAGGACCAGGGUGACCUGUGGGAGUAUGUUGUUGAAUAAUGAAUACCUGGACCCAUGAUUCUAAAAUAUAUUGCCAAGGUGAAUUUAUAGUCAUUGUGAGUUGUAUACAAAUUGUUCGUUCGUUCUUGAGAGGAUAUGAUCGUGGUACUGAUCACGAUUUCGACCGAAGACAAACAUCAGUAUUAGAUACGUUUCUGUGUAAUUCAUUUCUGUGGAUUUAGACUUAACAUACAAUUGCUGUGACAGCGUAAUGCUGAGUGAUAUUUUGAUUAUGCCUUUGUAUUCAUGCUGCAUCUGUAUGUUUAUCUUUAUGUGAUUAAACUUUUUGCGACCAUUUUGUCCACAAUAUCACACACACACACACACACACACACACACACACACACACACACACACACACACACACACACACACACACACACACACACACA